AUGUGUUUUGAAAUAAACAAUGGUGUACCCUUGGUUCAUCAGUUAAACGAAAGACGAUCAAGCGUACACACCAAUUUACUCAUCGGCUUUCUGUCGCAUUCGUUUGCCGUUUUUUUUUUUACGCGUAAUCGAUUCUGCUUCACUCUUACUUUUGAUUUUCUUCAUAAAUAUUCUAUACUUUCUUUUAUUUUUUUCUUCCAUUUAUUCAUUUUUUUUCUUUCCUUAUUUUUCUUUCUUUCAUUAAUUCUUCUUUUCAUUCCUUUUUUCCUUCUCCCUUUCCUUCAUUCAUUCUUCUUUUCAUUCUUUUGUUCAUUCAUUCUUUCCAUCAUUCAUUCUUCUUUUCAUUCUUUCAAUCUUUCAUUCUUCCUUUCAUUCAUUUUUCUUUUGCUUUUUCCUUCUUUCUUUGAUGCUUUCAUUCAUUCAAUCUUCCUUUCAUUCUUUCUUUCAUUCAUUCAUUCUUCUUUUCAUUCUUUCUUUCAUUCUUUCGUUCAUUCAUUCUUCUUUUCAUUCUUUCGUUCAUUCAUUCUUCUUUUCAUUUUUCAUUCUUUCUUUCAUUCAUUUUUCUUUCGGUUUUUCCUUCUUUCUUUGAUGCUUUCAUUCAUUCAAUCUUCCUUUCAUUCUUUCUUUCAUUCUUUCGUUCAUUCAUUCUUCUUUUCAUUCUUUCGUUCAUUCAUUCUUCUUUUCAUUUUUCAUUCUUUCUUUCAUUCGUUUUUCUUUCGGUUUUUCCUUCUUUCUUUGAUGCUUUCAUGCAUUCAUUCUUCUUUUCAUUCUUUCUUUCAUUCUUUCGUUCAUUCAUUCUUCUUUUCAUUCUUUCGUACAUUCAUUCUUCUUUUCAUUUUUCAUUCUUUCUUUUCAUUCAUUUUUCUUUUUCGGUUUUCCUUCUUUCUUUGA